AUGGACAUGACAGAGCGCAUGGUUGCAUUCGCCGUGGGGGCCCCGGGCAGCUUGGACGAUGAGACGUUGGACCCAGUGAGACGCCUCUGGCAUCACGAGGGAGGCAGUGCGCCAAGCAAGAAGGCCCGACUUCUCUGCCGACCUCGCUUCGUGGUGAAGCCUGUGUUCGUACAGCAGCCCAGUACAGACAAGUAUGUCGCGGCUGCAAGCAAGGAACUGGAGCAGGCCUGA